CGCGGCGGUGCGCCCCAGUGUUUAUCCGCGGACGGCAGCGCGCCCGGGCCGCAGUUCAUGGUGCCUGCACAGGUUUUUGUUUUGUUUUGUUUUGACUUCCUGAAAUCGUUUAAGCGGCGAUUCAUUCAUGCUCAAGUACCGAAAGUCUGUCUGACUGAAAGUCAGAAUAUUGGGCUGCCUGGUUCAGGGCCGGACGCUUACCUCACCUACUGACUUGGAGCUUCAGAACCAUGGCGACAAAGGAGGCAGGAGAUGCUAAAGCAGAGUCGAGCCUCCCCUUAUCAGCCAAUCGGAGCAAGCAAAUGUCUGAAAAACCAAACUAUGCUCUUAAAUUUACUCUCGUGGGGCAUAUGGAUGCAGUAUCAUCGGUUAAGUUUAGUCCUAAUGGAGAAUGGCUAGCAAGUUCUUCUGCUGACAAAGUAAUUAUAAUUUGGGGAGCCUAUGAUGGAAAGUAUGAGAAAACACUUUAUGGUCACAAUCUGGAAAUAUCAGAUGUUGCCUGGUCAUCAGAUUCCAGUCGCCUUGUUUCUGCCUCAGAUGAUAAAACGCUAAAGAUUUGGGAUGUGAGAUCUGGAAAAUGUUUGAAAACGCUGAAGGGGCAUAGUAAUUAUGUUUUUUGCUGUAAUUUCAAUCCAUCAUCCAAUCUCAUCAUUUCAGGAUCUUUUGAUGAGAGUGUGAAAAUAUGGGAGGUGAAAACAGGAAAGUGCCUCAAGACUUUGUCUGCUCAUUCUGACCCAGUUUCUGCUGUUCAUUUUAAUUGUAGCGGGUCCUUGAUUGUGUCAGGUAGCUAUGAUGGUGUCUGUAGAAUUUGGGAUGCUGCAUCAGGUCAGUGUUUAAAAACACUUGUUGAUGAUGAUAACCCUCCUAUCUCUUUUGUAAAAUUUUCUCCAAAUGGAAGAUACCUUCUGAUUGCAACUUUGGACAAUACUCUUAAACUGUGGGAUUAUAGCAGAGGCAGAUGCCUGAAAACAUACACUGGUCAUAAGAAUGAGAAAUACUGCAUAUUUGCCAAUUUUUCAGUUACUGGUGGAAAAUGGAUUGUGUCUGGUUCAGAAGAUAAUCUGGUUUACAUUUGGAACCUUCAGACUAAAGAGAUUGUACAGAAAUUACAAGGUCAUACAGAUGUUGUAAUCUCAGCAGCUUGUCAUCCUACAGAAAACAUCAUUGCAUCAGCAGCAUUAGGAAAUGACAAAACAAUUAAACUGUGGAAGAGUAACUACUAAACCCUUUAGAAAUCAAGUAGUUAGAGGCAAGUUGGCAAAAAAAACCCCGUAUUUAAAAAGAUGGUUUCUCUUAAUUUUGGUAUGGUUUUGUAUUUCUUUUCAACUUUGCCUUUCUCUCUCUCUCUGACAAAUAAAUAAAUAAAAUCUUAAAAAAAGGGGGGGGGGAUGCCUGGAUGGCUCAGUCGGUUAAGUGUCUGCCUUGGGCUC